CGGCUCCGGCCCAGUUCUUGUCUCCCGGCGCCGGGGGUCCCGGCGGCCGCAUGAGCCGCGCGCGUGGGGCGCUGUGCCGGGCCUGCCUCGCGCUGGCCGCGCUGCUGCUAUGCCGCUGCCGCUGCCCCCCGGCCCGGACCCCCGCCCCGGCCCCGCGCGCGCCCCCGUCCCGGCCCGCCGCCCCCAGCCUGCGGCCAGACGACGUCUUUAUAGCCGUCAAGACCACCCGGAAGAACCACGGGCCGCGCCUGCGACUGCUGCUGCACACCUGGAUCUCCCGGGCCCGCCGGCAGACGUUCAUCUUCACCGACGGGGACGACCCUGAGCUCGAGCUCCAGGGUGGUGGUGGCCGUGUCAUCAACACCAACUGCUCGGCCGUGCGCACCCGCCAGGCCCUCUGCUGCAAGAUGUCCGUGGAGUACGACAAGUUCAUCGAGUCUGGGCGCAAGUGGUUUUGCCACGUGGACGAUGACAAUUAUGUGAACCCCAGGAGCCUCCUGCACCUGCUCUCCAGCUUCUCACCCAGCCAGGACGUCUAUCUGGGGCGGCCCAGCCUGGACCACCCCAUCGAGGCCACCGAGAGGGUCCAGGGUGGCAGAACUGUGACCACGGUCAAGUUCUGGUUUGCUACUGGUGGGGCCGGGUUCUGCCUCAGCAGAGGCCUCGCCCUCAAGAUGAGCCCGUGGGCCAGCCUGGGCAGCUUCAUGAGCACGGCUGAGCAGGUGCGGCUGCCGGAUGACUGCACGGUGGGCUACAUCGUGGAGGGGCUUCUGGGCGCCCGCCUGCUGCACAGCCCCCUCUUCCACUCCCACUUGGAGAACCUGCAGAGGCUACCGCCAGACACCUUGCUCCAGCAGGUUACCUUGAGCUAUGGGGGUCCUGAGAACCCACGUAACGUGGUGAACGUGGCUGGAGGCUUCAGCGUGCAGCAGGACCCCACACGGUUUAAGUCUGUCCACUGCCUUCUCUACCCAGACACGGACUGGUGUCCCAGGCAGAAGCAGGGUGCCCCGAUCUCUCGGUGACACCAACCAUCCCUGACCCAGGGCUGCCUCGCUCUGUCCCAGGUGCAGGGAGCUGGAGCCCCCCAUGGCCUCAGUGGACUCCCUCAGGUGCCAUGGCCAUACCAGUGAGAUGCAAGCACCUGGCACACCCUCUGGCGCUAUAGCCUGCAGCCCCCGUCUCCCAGCCCCUGGUGGACUGCAGUGAUGGGUGUUUUGGGAGAACAAAGACAGCCAGGCUAAGGGCCGGGGCCGCAGUGCCCCUCCCACUGACCCAGCCUCAGGGUUGAUCCCACGGCAACAGGCGUCCACCCCAGCACCUGGGCACCUGGGAGGGAGCUGCCAUCCAGGCUCCAUUACCUGUUGCUGAAGGCGGGUGCCAGGCUGGCUAGGUGCCAAGGAGCAGGCUCCAGAUCAAGGUCCUGGCCCAGCCACAGCCAUUGCAAGGGCUUAGCCUGGCAGGCUUUGUGGGGGAUGCUGCCCUCUCUGCUGCAGGCUGGGUGCACAGCCGGGCACCGCAGUGGGACUCAGGCCCGGGAAGGUCAUGCUCUCAGCCAGAGCUUUGCUCCCAGCCCAGGUGCCUCAUUCGGAGCCUCUUCACUGGGACCACAGAGGUGUUCUCUCUGCUCUGACUUGUGGCUCAGGACUCCUUCCUGGGUCAUGCUCCUGCCCCACUGUGCCUGGGCCCAUCAACAGCAGGAGCCUUUUGUUUGGGGCCCCCUGGGGUGAGACUGCCCCUGACCCGCCCAUUCCAGCAGACCCACCUCCCCGCCUGCUGCCUUCCCUGGAGGGAAACGGGCCAGGGGCCAUCACCUCCCCUCCGCCUCCUGCUUUGCUGUUGCCGAGCGCGAGUAAAGGCUUUGUUCUUACUCCA